CAAGCACGCGCCUCGCGUUCUGCGUGCGCAGCUGCUGGUUGUGGGGGUCUUCAUCCCAGGUCCUGAGGGUAGGGAGAGGUGAGCUGUGCUGUUUGCAAGAUGUUUCGUGCUGUUGACUCUGCGGAUGAGGAAGAGGAGCAGGCGGAAGAGGAUUGUCCUGAAUUGGUCCCCAUUGAGACGAAGCAAAGAGAGGUGGAGGAGGAGGAGGAAAAGUCUGCCCCCGGCGCUAAGAUCCCAGUCACAAUUAUCACCGGGUAUUUAGGUGCUGGGAAGACAACACUUCUUAACUAUAUUUUGACAGAGCAACAUAGUAAAAGAAUAGCAGUGAUUUUAAAUGAAUUUGGGGAAGGAAGUGCAGUGGAGAAAUCCUUAGCUGUCAGCCAAGGUGGAGAACUCUACGAAGAAUGGCUGGAACUUAGAAACGGUUGCCUCUGCUGUUCCGUAAAGGACAAUGGCCUUAGAGCUAUUGAGAAUUUGAUGAAGAAGAAAGGGAAAUUUGAUUACAUACUGUUAGAGACCACCGGAUUAGCAGAUCCUGGUGCUGUAGCUUCUAUGUUUUGGGUUGAUGCUGAAUUAGGGGUUGAUAUUUAUCUUGAUGGUAUCAUAACUGUUGUGGAUUCAAAAUAUGGAUUAAAACAUUUAGCAGAAGAAAAACCUGAUGGACUUAUCAAUGAAGCUUCUAGGCAAGUUGCUUUGGCAGAUAUCAUCAUCAUCAAUAAAACAGACUUGGUUUCAGAAGAGGAUUUAAACAAAUUAAGAACAACUAUUAGAUCAAUAAAUGGACUGGGAAAAAUUUUAGAAACACAGAGAUCAAGAGUUGAUCUUGCGAAAGUAUUAGAUCUUCAUGCCUUUGACAGUCUCUCUGGAAUAAGUUUGCAGAAAAAACUUCAACAUGUGCCAGCAACACAACCUCAUCUUGAUCAGAGUAUUAUUACAGUCACAUUUGAAGUACCAGGAAAUGCAGAGGAAGAAAGUCUAAAUGUUUAUAUUCAGAAUCUUCUGUGGGAAAAGAAUGUGAGGAACAGGGAUGACGACUGCAUGGAGGUCAUACGACUGAAGGGGCUAGUGUCAAUCAAAGACAAACCACGACAAGUGAUUGUCCAAGGUGUCCAUGAGCUAUAUGAUCUGGAGGAGACACCAGUGAACUGGGAAGAUGACAGUGAGAGAACAAAUCGAUUAGUCCUUAUUGGCAGAAAUUUAGAUAAGGAUAUUCUUAAACAACUAUUUAUAGCUACUGUGACUGAAACAGAAAAGCGAUGGGCAACACAUUUCCAAGAGGAUCAAGUUUGUCCAUAACACUAGAAGCAUCACCAAAAGGGACGGAUGAUAAAAGUGAGAAUAAGUUUCCUGUUGGAUGUAUUUCAAGCAUCUAUUUUUUGCAUUACUUUUCCUAUGAAUUACAGUGUAUCCUUUAAAAUAGUAUUUAUUUUACAGAAAACAUAAAUAUAGUAAAUCAGUAAUAUAAAACCCUUGACAUUCAUUCAAUAAAACGUAAUUUCCUAUGACUUUUUUUUUGUAGACAGAUGAUUCGCAAACUUAUCUUUGGAGUUUACAUAUGCUGAAAUUCUCACCCAUGGAAAUUUUAGUAGUAAUAGUGGUAUCAUGUUGAUGUAUGCCAGAAACCAAUACAAUACUGUAAAGCAAUUAUCCUCCAAUUAAAAAGAAUUUUUAAA